GUAGACAACCACGUCUACAGCUAAGCACGGCAGACGAAAAACAAGACAAGAGACAAUCAAGACAAGAGACCAUCGGUGAAGAAUGGAGCUUAAACUGAGCUGACAGAUUUAAUAUCACGAAUGCUGUAUGUGAUAGGGAUUUUAGGCCUAUUCUUGUAGGCAUAUAGGAUAACUCAAGUAACCUACUUUUUUUCAUGAAGACUCAUUAAUACAUUUAUUGGGGUGUUGGAACGUGAAUUGGCUUUAAUAGCUCAUUUCAUCACUCAGGCGUUGGAAUAAUAACGGACAAAAGAGAAAUUCUGGCAAAUAGGACUUCUCGACUUUUUUCGUGGCCGCAUAAACUUUAAUGUAAAUUUCUUCCAUACAAUUGUUUUUCCCUACUAUUUUUGGGAGAGUGUCACUUGUUUUGGAGAGUUUUUUUAGGCUACCAUUUGGAAUGUUAUAUCGGCUGAAGAUGUUGUGGUUAUUGUUCGGUGCACUGGCAAGUAUAUUGUUGGUCCAAGGAGCAACGACGAACGGAGAAGUGAGACCAGAGGCGUGGCUGCAGCAGUAUGGCUACCUGCCACCGGGCGAUGUUCGGGCCCAGGCCAUCCGCUCCCCUCAGUCCAUCCGCAGUGCCAUCACCGCCAUGCAGAAGUUCUACGGCCUCACCAUCACGGGAACGAUCGACCCCGCCACCAUGACGGCGAUGUCGCGCCCUCGCUGCGGUGUUCCUGAUAAGUUUGGCUCCGAGCUGAAGAGCAACCUUAGGAGAAAACGCUACGUCAUCCAGGGCCUCAAGUGGGACAAGAGAGAAAUCACUUACAGCAUACAGAACCACACCCCAAAAGUAGGAGAGCGCGAGACGUUCGAGGCCAUCAGGAAAGCUUUUAGAGUGUGGGAAAACGUCAUUCCUCUCCGAUUCCGCGAGAUCCCCUACAGCCACAUCAAGGGAAAAGUUGACAAGUUUGCAGACAUCAUGCUCUUCUUCGCCGAUGGUUUCCACGGUGACAGUACGCCUUUUGAUGGUGAAGGGGGAUUCUUGGCCCACGCUUAUUUCCCUGGACCAGGCAUUGGGGGCGACACUCACUUUGACAGUGCAGAGCCAUGGACGACUGGCAAUGUGGACCAAGGGGGUAAUGAUAUAUUCCUGGUGGCUGUGCAUGAGCUCGGCCACGCCCUGGGUCUCGAGCACUCCAACAAUCCCUCGGCCAUUAUGGCCCCGUUCUACCAGUGGAUGGACACAGAGAACUUUGAACUGCCCGACGAUGACCGCCUAGGAAUCCAGCAGAUCUAUGGAACCAGGACAGGGGCACCGCCCGCUCCUCCGAAGCCCACCCGCAAGCCUGACCGGAGGCCCUCACACGGCCCUGAUAUCUGCGAGGGCCACUUCGACACCAUCGCCACGCUGAGAGGAGAGAUGUUUGUCUUCAAGGACAAAUGGCUGUGGCGUGUGCGUGGCAACAAAGUCGUGCAAGGAUACCCCCGGCUCAUUGAAAACAUCUUCAAGGGCUUGCCAGACACCAUUAAUGCUGCUUACGAACGCCCCGAUGGGAAAUUUGUUUUCUUCAAGGAUCAAAGGUAUUGGGUGUUUAAUGAGUACACCAUGGAGAAAGGCUUCCCUAAGAGUCUGAAGGAACUGGGCACUGGGCUUCCCAAAGACAAGCUGGACGCUGCGAUCCUCUACACCCCCACUGGCAUGACAUACUUCUUCAGGGGAGACAAGUACUACCGCUUUAAUGAGAUCACACAGUCAGUGGAUGCAGACUACCCCAAACCCAUCAGUGUGUGGAAGGGAGUUCCCAACAACCCCAGAGGUGCCAUGAUGAGCGAGGAUGGAGCAUUCACCUACUUCUACAAGGCCAACAAGUUCUGGAAGUUCAACAACCAGCACCUGAAGGUGGAGUCCGGCUUCCCCAAGUCCGUGCUGAGCAGCUGGAUGGGCUGCGACAGCGAGGAGCCCAAGAAGAGUGGCCACGACGAGGACGUCAUCAUCAUCGAGAUGGACGAGUCCCAGGGGGGCGGGGCCGGAGCCGCGGUCGUGGUGAUCCCGCUCUUUUUGCUGGCGUGCGUGCUCUGCACCCUGGGCGCUCUGCUGUUCUUCCGCAGAUACGGCACCCCUCGCCGCUUGCUCUACUGCCACAGGUCCCUGCUGGACAAGGUGUAAAGAGAGAAGGUACGACACAGACCAGCGAGAGAUAGAAUACACGGGGAAGACAAAUGAGUUGGGUGCUAAUGGAAGAGUGUGGGGGUAGUAUAACGAAGAAUGGAAGGAUAUGGUACUGGGGGAAGUAGCAAGAAAAAAGGGGGAUGGUGUUGACGACUUGAAUGGGGUUUGUAGAGGCUAAGGAAGGGGGGUCAAAGACAAGAAGAGGUUUUCGGGUUCAAAGAAAGAUGUCUGUUGUAUGUUUAUAUAUUUACAUUGUACAGUUGUGUCUUCUGGCUCUUUGAACAAAACCCACACAAAAGAGAAAAUGCAAAGAUUGGAUACCCAGGUAUCCAGCGAGAUAUCUCUCAUCAGGUUCUCAUCUAGUGACUGCCUGCCAUUGUUCCUUUCUGGACAUCUCUAUUUCAAACUUGACUCCAGCUGUAUCGCUGUAUAGUUAGCAUUCUUUUAUUCUCCUUUUGUACUUUUGUAUCUUUUCAUAAGACAACUUCAGAAAGUGUCCCCCAUUUUUUGCUUCUAAUAAAUUACCCCUGAAGCCAUUAGCCAUUUGCUAAUCAAGAGCAUGGUGAGGAGGAGGAGGUGGAGGAGACGCUCACUCCAUAUCUUCAUCUCUCAGAGCACUUUCCCCUCGGAUGCUGUACAGGACACCCCUGUGUGUGUGUGUGUCUCUCAACAUGAAUGUUUUGAAGGAGACCAAUUUUUGAAACACAUUUGGUACGGAUUUUUUUUGUUGUCACAUAGGCUACAUAUAACGGUUACAGGUUAGCAUUACGAAUGAGAACUUUAAUGGCUAUCAUUGAGUGAUAGCAAGCUAACGUUAAAGCACGUUUGCAGAAUAUCAGCUAAUUGACUGAAUGUGUGAGAAAAAUGUGUAUAUGCACUGUUAAAGGUGCAUUGUGAGGACUGCCUUAGAGGGACUUUGGGGGAAAUUCUUCCGUCAGACCCUUAUUACUCUACUACAUGUUUAAACUCAAAGAAGAAUUUCCCAACUUCAAGCAAACUUACAAUGUGAUCACAAAGGAAAGCCUUUAGCACUUACUUUAAAAAAUAAACUAGAACUGAGAGGAGCAUAACAUAGAAUAUGAAAAAUAAAUACAUUUGGAUUAGAUAAAUGAUAUUCCUCUUAAUGGCUAAACAAAUGGGUAUGUAACACUAUCAUUAACCAUUAUUUAAUAUCCAGUAUGAUGUAAUUGUUAGACCUAGUCUGAAAUCAAAGCAUGCGUCAGGCUAGGAUGGUAUUCACCCUUCCAUCAGACCCCUGCUCUCUCUGCUUCUUUGAGGCAACCUCGUGGCAGCCAUUUUGUACAGCGAGGAGGAUGGUUUUAUGGAGAGAAUUAAUCAGUUCCUGAUUGAACCCAGUUUAAUGGAUUCCUCUCAGAGUAGAGCAUUUUCGAUUGGUACAAUUUGAAGUACAUUGUGUGUUUUGCUAUUAUUGUUUUGUACUACUAUUGCUAUUGUUGUGGCUAGUAUGAGUAUUGUUUUUUUUUUUUUUUUGAUAAUUGUUCUCCACUUUGUACUCUUAAAUUUAUUUCUAUAAGUGUCAUUGCAAGUCCUGCUGGACAGAGGCAUUCCGUGGCAGUUUCAAAACUGCUCUCUAAACUUUUAUCAUGUUGCUCCAUUGGGCGAUGUAUGAGCAAGUGAGAGCAAAGAAGGUUUCUUUAUGUGAAGCCGGCUUGUGUUCCUGGUAAUCAUGUGAUGACAACAAUUUACAUCUUCAAAGCCUGAUGUAUGUUCUAGAAAGAUUAAAACGCGAAGGAAGCAGCUUAUAGCAAUGUUAAUGGUAAUGAUAUUUAUAACGAUUCUAAUGGAAGGGACCAAGUUGUUGCUUGCUACAAUCUUUUUGUAUUUUAUGAAUGCAAAAAAAAAAUAAAGUUAUUUUCUAAAUGUAA